AUGAUUAAUAGCUCCCCUAUCCCUACUCCCACGGUUCCCAAACAGUCUCUUGCAAAUACCGUUCGAUCUUUAGAUGAUGCUGCUACUGCCUCCUAUCGUCGUCUCAUUGGAAAACUCAUCUACCUUACCACCACUCGUCUGGAUAUUAUCUUUGCCGUCAAUCACCUCAGUCAGUUCAUGUCUGCUCCUACAUCUGCCCAUCAACAAGCUACUACUCGUAUCCUACAAUACCUCAAGGGUACCCUGGUACUGGUGUUCAUCUUCCACGCAACUAUACUGUUCAACUUAAAGCUUUUUGUGAUUCUGAUUGGGCCACCUGCCCUGAUACUCGUCGUUCAGUUACUAGAUUCACUGUCUACCUUGGAAACUCUCUCAUUUCAUGGCGUUCCAAGAAACAACCGACUGUUUCUCGAAGUUCUUCUAAGGCUGAAUACCGUUCGUUAG